AUGCAACAAUGCCUCUACAAUCUCAUGGCCUGCUUUACGUGCUCGAUCCAACGAGAUCCAAAAGGGGGGCCGCCCCGUAUUCUACUGGAGAUCACCUACGAGUUUGCUAAAAAGUAUCUUGGUGUGACACAAGGCAACACUUUCAUCAUUCCCGAGAUCAUCCAUGAUCCCUCGCUUAUGUUAAGCCCACAUGAGUUUUUACUGGGUAUUCUCUUCGACGACGAUGCUUUCCGUGCCCCUGCAAUAAGAUCCCGGGACGACCUAAGGAAACUUUGGCUAGAAGAUGGCCGGCAGCAGCUACAACUACCCCUGAAACACGAGAAGGCAGAUCAUUAUGUAUUCUGUAAGGUUGUGGCAACUCGCGGCGUUAUUCAGAUUGUGCGAGAUCAACCGAUCUCAUCCACAGCUCUAGGAAAGCAGUAUCAAACUUUCGGGGAAAUUGCAGGCUUUCCUAACCUUUACACACAUUGCAACCGUUAUGGUGGUGGGACGAUCCUCAAUCAAAGUAGACUCGUGAGCGACGCACAACAAAACUUGAUCAUGAAACACGCCAGUACUCGAACGUUUUUGAACCAUUAUCUCCCACGUCGCAUCGGUACAGACAUGCAGGCCUUGAUGCGAGGUCUGGAACCUGACACAGCGAUGAUGAGAGCUGUCACUCGGAUGGGCAGAUGGGUUGAUACACGACGGCCUCGCGAACUUACUGAUGCUCAGAAAGCCAGUGUUGAAACAAUGCCGGAGCUGCAAGACGCGAUCCACAAACGUGACAGGUUUGCUCUCAGUCUGAAACAAAGCCGCAAGAAGAGCCGCACUGAACUGGAUCGGCAUGAACAACUCAAGAGGGAUGUAAUCAACACACGCAGUCGGCUCCUUUACAAUCUUCGCAAGCGUGUCCGGGAAGAAUUUGAUAGCAGUCAAGCAGUCGAGGAUAUUCAGCGACAGCUUGCUGCGGGAACAGCAGUUCAUGACGACAAAACCAAGGAGCGGUUGGUAGCGGAGGAAAACAUGCUGCCAGAGCAGAUUUUUCUUUUGGAAAAGCUGAUGACAUGGCCGACCUCGUUGUCAUUGGAGCGGGAGUGGAAGCGGCGCAACGAGGCAGUUGAAGCCGUUCGUAUGUACUGCCGUGUGCGAGAAGGUGGGCCUCGACGAGGACGAAGACCGAAGAACCCCCCCACCUGUCGUGAUAGUCUUGCACCACACAGCGCCCCUACACCAGCUUCUACACAGAUCCCCAUGUUACGUUUGCCGCGCGACGAUGCUUUACGAAGAGCAGAAAAGUAUAUCCAGGCCGCCGCCCGACCACUAGGAUGCUUCCAAUGUUUUGGAAACCUAGAAGAAUCGGAAGACUGUCGGAUGAAACAAUAUUCUAGGCAUAAACAUCUUCUUCGUCACUUUAGGACUGCACAUCUGGAUGACCGUCACUGCAAGUACUGCAAAAUGUCACUGGAGCAUGAAGAUGGUCUAAGGAGGCAUGCUUAUGAGAAGCAUAGAUUAAAGACUUAG